CUGGUGACGUGUCUCUUUACGCUCGGUCUUUCUUCUUCUCCGCAGCGGCUGCUGAAUGGAGCCACACUGACUUUACUCAUCAUUAAAACUACUCUCACAGGACAGGAAUCAGCUUUAGGACAACAUGGGAAUAAAAUUUUUAGAGGUAAUCAAGCCUUUCUGUGCUGUAUUACCAGAAAUCCAGAAACCAGAAAGAAAGAUUCAGUUUAGAGAAAAGGUGCUAUGGACAGCCAUCACACUAUUCAUUUUUUUAGUGUGCUGCCAGAUUCCGCUUUUUGGCAUUAUGUCAUCAGACUCUGCAGAUCCGUUCUACUGGAUGAGAGUAAUACUGGCAUCUAACAGAGGUACUCUGAUGGAGCUGGGUAUCUCACCCAUUGUCACAUCAGGCCUCAUCAUGCAGCUUUUGGCCGGGGCCAAGAUCAUUGAAGUUGGAGACACUCCAAAAGACAGAGCUCUGUUCAAUGGAGCACAGAAAUUGUUUGGUAUGAUCAUUACUAUUGGACAAGCAAUCGUGUAUGUGAUGACUGGCAUGUACGGUGAUCCUUCAGAGAUGGGGGCUGGCAUUUGCUUAUUGAUCAUCAUCCAGCUUUUUGUUGCUGGUCUAAUUGUUCUGCUACUGGAUGAGCUGUUGCAGAAAGGUUAUGGUCUUGGCUCCGGUAUUUCUCUCUUCAUUGCAACUAACAUCUGUGAAACUAUUGUUUGGAAAGCUUUCAGUCCCACAACUGUCAACACCGGCAGAGGUACUGAAUUUGAGGGAGCCAUCAUUGCCUUAUUCCAUUUGCUGGCUACACGCACGGAUAAAGUGCGUGCACUGAGAGAAGCCUUCUACAGGCAGAACCUACCCAACCUCAUGAAUCUCAUCGCCACCGUCUUUGUUUUUGCAGUGGUCAUAUACUUUCAAGGCUUCAGAGUGGACUUGCCCAUCAAGUCUGCACGUUAUCGCGGCCAAUACAACACCUACCCCAUCAAACUUUUCUACACGUCCAACAUUCCCAUCAUUCUCCAGUCUGCUCUGGUCUCAAAUUUGUACGUAAUUUCCCAGAUGUUGUCGACACGUUUCAGUGGAAACUUCUUGGUCAACCUCCUGGGAACCUGGUCUGAUACCUCAAGUGGUGGACCAGCUCGCGCUUACCCAGUGGGUGGUCUUUGCUACUACCUUUCUCCUCCUGAAUCCUUUGGCUCUGUCCUAGAUGACCCUGUUCAUGCAGUUAUCUACAUAGUUUUUAUGCUAGGCUCUUGUGCAUUUUUCUCCAAAACAUGGAUUGAAGUAUCGGGAUCCUCUGCCAAAGAUGUGGCAAAGCAGCUGAAGGAACAGCAGAUGGUGAUGAGGGGUCACAGAGAAACUUCUAUGGUCCAUGAGCUCAAUAGGUACAUCCCAACAGCAGCAGCUUUUGGUGGCCUCUGUAUAGGAGGACUCUCUGUCAUGGCUGACUUUUUGGGUGCCAUUGGUUCAGGAACAGGAAUUCUUUUGGCCGUUACGAUUAUUUAUCAGUACUUUGAAAUCUUUGUAAAAGAGCAGAGUGAAGUUGGCAGCAUGGGUGCCUUGCUAUUCUAAAUACAAUAGACACAAUGCUCAACCCACCUCAAGUCCUAUUUAGCAUUAUUAUAGUGCAUACUGUCAACACUCGUCAGCUGGGCCAAUGUGUUUUUUUCUCACAAUAUUUUAUUUCAGUUUCUCAUGACAGUGGUGAGAUCAUCGGUUUAGUUAUCUCCAAGGUUUAAAAAAGUAUUGUUAAUCAAACUUUCUUUUUUUUUACCUAUACCUGUAAAAAAAAAAGUUUGCUGCCUAUAUUUGCUGAAGAAUGCCCAGAGCAAGUACGAAAUGUUGCCACAGACAUUAUUCAAAGCUAACUGUCUAUGGAAUGCUACGGACAUAAGUACAUAUUUCCAACACUAUGGAUUUUUUUAGUGGAAAUAAAUGUAUUCACCGGAACAGACAACUUUCAUUUCUUUAUUGUGAUAUUUUAAUAUGGACUGUUUAUAUCCACCUUGAUCAUAUGUGGGGCACUGGGGUUGUCCUUGUGUAGCUGGUCUCCAAAAGAUAAUGUCAUCUUAAAAAUGAAUUGCUGCACAAACUGCCGAGAACAUGUGGGUUAGGGUGGGUUUGGUAGGGACAGAAUGGGCUGUCAUAUUGGUUUUUACUUUAUGUAACAAAAUAUUAUUGUUAUUAAAACAGGAUUUUCCUAUACA